AUGCGCCCUCCGCGAAUGCUUUUUGGGGUAAGGGCUUCCCGGGUAGGUAGUUAUGUACAGCAAGCCCAGACCGCAAAAAGAUUCGCGAAGGACAAAGUCUGCCGCGGCUCCCCACAUCCGUCGGCCGGCCGCCGCCGCCACACCAUCCACCGGACCCGCGGGCGAUCGCUCCGCCAUCCCCGCCACGCCGGGUCCCCACCCCCAUCCCCACCGAGCGCCGCUCCGAGCCCCGCGGCCCCGGGCGAGGCGAGGCAGGGCGAGGCGGCGGGGGGGCCGUCACCCCCCGGCGGGGCCGGGGCCGCGGGAGCGUGGCGGAGCGCGGCGUGUCCGCGGCCCCGCUCCGCGCGGAGGCUCCGGCGCUGGGCACAGGCGCUGCCAUCUCCACGGCUCAUUAUUCUCCAAAUCCACGACCGCGGCGCGUCCGAGAGCGCGGCCGGGACCCCCCGGCCCUCUGCUCGCCCCCCCGGCCCUACCCUGCCCGAGGGGCUCCGCGGAGGCGCGGAGCCGCCCCGCCGUCGGGGGACCCCGCUGCGGAGCCGUCGCUCGCCCCGACGGGGGCGCCCCGGGCCGCCGCCACCUCGCGGCGGGCAGCCGGGGACGCGGGGACCCGCGGCGGGCGAUCGGCACGGCAGCGUGCCGCCCCCGGCUCCGGGCAGCCCCCGGGGGCGACCCUCCCGGGGCGGGGCGGGAGGGGCGCGGGACGCCGCCUUCCGUCGCGCCGCCCGAGGUCGCGAGCCUCCGUCCCCCGCCGUCAGCGGGGACGGGGACGGGGACGGCCGGUUCCGAAAAGUUUCCGGGACGCGGCACCCAACUCCGGAGCUCCCCGCCGCCGGCCCGCGGGGAGAGAGCGGCCCGACGGUGCCCGCGGGCCGCCGCGGAAAGGCGAACGCGCGCCCACGCCGCGUCCCGCCGGGCUCACGCGCGACGCGGGGAAGGGGGACCCGCGGUGCUCGGGGGGGGAAGCUCGCCCCUCGGCCGCAACUCCGAAGUUGGCAGCUCGCCCCGCUCCGCAGAAGGGACCCGCGAGCGGCUCCGCCGAGCGCCCCGCGCCCCCCGGCCCCGCUAGCCGAGCGGCGGGCAGGGCGGCGGCGCGGGGCGGCGGAGCCCGGCACUUACCUGGCGCUGCCUCCCGGCCGCUCCGGCGGUCCCGCGCCGCGCGCCCGAUCACCACGGGGUGUUUUGGGGUUGUUUGUUUUUUUUUUUAGAAAGCCCAGAAGCGAAGCGUCCCUUCCUCCAGGUAUGUAUAUAAGUUACUGUACUGUGUGGGAGGGUCACGAUCUCGCUAGGUGCAGAAGAUUCCCCGGGAUUAACCCCUCCUCUCCCUUCCCCUCCUGCAACUUGUUGAGGAUGGCACCGCGCGCGCACGCGGAGCGGCACACGGCCGCACGCACACACACGCGGAGCGCGGCGCGGGAGCGGUCCGGUGCCCCCGACGGCGCGGUGAUUGGCCGCGCUGCUCGUGGAGAAGGGGACGUCUCAAGUCGAAGUCACGAUUUCUCCUCAGUUUGGAACCAUCUGUGACUGGAGCCAUGACGCAGCCAGAGCACAUUACUCACUUUUACAGUCACGACUUGGAAAUCCGUGCAGUUUCCAACCAAAAUUACACCGCCACCAUUGAAUUAUUUAAUAGGAUCCAGUUAAGGAGCCACCGCUUCCGAGUUCCGACGAUUGGCUGCACGUGCUGCAAGGGCUUUUUUUCCUUUAAACCCCGACCAAACAAACCGGGGACGGGUCCGUUUGUAAAUACGACCACGCGCGCUCGGGAAAGGGACGCUUCGGUUCCUACAUUCGGGGCGUCCGUGGGCGGAGUGCCGCGGUGCGGCUCCGCGGGGCUCGGCGCGAGGAGCGGCGCUUUGUGUGCCCGCGGCCGCGGCCGCAGCGCGGCAUUGUCUGCGGGAUCCGCCGGCGGUGCCGGGCUUUGUGCGGUAGGUGCACCAUUUUCUAAGCUCGCUCGUACCGCGAGGCGACGGCUGAGCGCGCUCGGCGGGAGCCGCCGCCGCGGCUAUUGUCUGCCCGUACCUCUCCCACCCCCGCAGGGCUCCGGCCGCGGCGGAGCCCCCUCCCUCCUCGGCGGCUCCGGAGCGGUGCCGCGGCGCGGGGCUGCCCGGGGCGCCCGCCGUGCCGGCCCCGCCGCGGGGCUGCGGCGCCGUGACCCCGCGGCUCGGCCCCGCGCCUCCCGUUCGGCCGUUCCCCCGCGUCGGCCGCCGAGGAUCUAUCCGCCUAAGGACGCGAAGGACGGGCGAUAAUAAAAGCAGACACCCGCACGCACACGAUCCGCAGAAGGCGUGAGCGCUUAGCGGGGAGAAACGAGGUGGGAGGAGAAGGGGGUGAUUCCCCUUUCUGCAAGAAUUCCCUGUCUCCGGGCUCCGUGCAUGCAGCAAAUGCGUUAUGGAGACGAGCGGAGCCCCCUCGCCUUAAAGAAAAGUAGAAAGGGAGCAAAACGGAGGGAUCCGAGCAUGCAGAAAGGAAAGACGAGACUCACGGCCGCUGGCUGCAGCAUGCACAGGAAAGAUCGCUACUUACCGAGCGGGAACUCCUCGGACAGGAGUUGGAAAAAAAUACUGCGGUGAUGUCCAGGUUUUCUUCCACCCGCGCUCGCUUUUUAUACAAGUGCAACCCUCUGUCUAUUUCUGGAACGCGAUCAAAACCCUGAUGCUAUUUUUAGCAGUGUCUUUGUAAAGUGGGCUUGGGAGAAAACACAACAACCACCAUGCACCACUUGGCCAUUGUGCACAAACGUGGGUUUCAGGCGGGGAUGCUUUGCCGGGAGACUGAGGUGGCUCCAUACGGUGAAUUGCACCCAGCACAAAGAAGGGCUGCUGGGGUUUUUUGUUUUUUUUUUUUUUGUUUUUUUAAUUCUCUCCUCGCCCCCUGCCUUUCUCCCCCUUAAAAAAAUACCAUCCUUUGUUUGGAGAAUAAAGGAUCUAUAAAUAUA